GACUUUGUUGUUACGGCCAAAAAGAAAGACGGCCACGAGUAUGAACCGGAGUCGUUGAAGGCGUUUGUCCAUUCGCUGGAGAGACAUCUUAAAAGGCGCUCUGCAUUGGUGAUUCUGCGCUACGCCAGAAGAGGCAGCGGCGUCCAGCUGAGCGCCUCGGGAUGCAAGUUUCUUGUGUCGAACGGAAGGAUCGCCUCGAAACAGUUUCUCACUUCUGACAAAAUGUACGCUUCUGGUUGA